UAAUUCAAGCGAAUGUUCCAUCUGUGUAAAAAAUGAUGAAUUUCAAUUUUAAAUGGUGCUACUUCACGCCCUACAGUGAGAUGGAAUGAUGAUACGUCGUCAUAUCGCGACCGAGAGGAAGAAUUCAUGUCAAGAUAUGAUCGUGUGAUAGGAGCCAACGAAGAUCAUUCUGUGUUUAAAACAAAUCUUCCAGGUUCCCAGCCUCAGACAAGGCAACCUGAUGUUGGGAUUACAGCAGGGAACCAGCCCAAGUUAAUAUCAGGGACCAAUGAUAUUGGUGAAGAUACAACGAUAACAGAGACCUCUACCUUUAGUGAGAUUACAUUAACUGACGAUUCUGAUGAGGAAGAAUUGCAAGGCAGGAAAAUUGGUACGGGUCUGCGGAAGGCGGAGUUUCAUGCUGGAAGUUCCAGUCAGACGGGCCUUAAUAAAGGUACCACACAACUCAAUAUCCCUCGUCCUGCCCACCCUGCUACCAACAAGGCCAGUAAGUCUUGGGACGAUUCUCGCACAGAUGAAUUUAAUGUGUUCAGUAUUUAUUCUCGUAGACAAGAACGACUGAUAAGACCUGGUAGGGAGCCAAUGUCUAAAAAGAAAUCUGCUGAGUCAGAAAUUCAAGCUAGUGUGACUCAGAGUCAGUCAGCUGCGCCAUCCAUAAAGUCCAGCUCAUCUCAGCGCCAACCAGCUGUAGGGACAGGGAGAAGGUCACCCGGGUUAACAGGCCGGCGUGCUGAUAGUCCUUACAGUCAGAACUCUGAAUCUCUACGCACUCUGAGUCCUGUUGAGAGGACAAGAUCAAAGCAGUCAAAGUCAGGUAUAAAAUCUGAAGAACAUUAUGGAGAUGAGGAAACUGUUGGUGAAGAAUCUUACACACAGUCUUUUGAAAGUGAGGAAAAGACAACAUCACGAGGAAAAAGUAUGACAGAUAAAAUUGUUCAUAGCCACAGAAGCUUGCCAGCAACAUCAGUAAGAUCAACAACUAAAGUCUCAGAUAGAGUCUCACCUGAAAUGGAAUCUAGUAUGGAAGAAGAGUUAUCACAGGAUGAAGCCACUCCGAGAGCAGAGCGAAUGUUAUCAGAUUCUGAAUCAGCUGGACCGCCACGACUUUCCCCAAACUCUCUUGAGCGUAGAUUCUACACAGAGUUUCACAAUUUGGAAAGUAUGGAGAUGUCAUUGAAACAGCUUACGAAUGUAGAUAGAACACGUGCAGUAUCAAUGGCCCAGCAGGAAACCGUUUCACUUGCUCAGAUGCUCAAGGCAAAACAGCAGGGUUAUGACCAGCAGUUGAAAGAAAUUCAGUUAAAGGCUCAAUUAGAGGCUACAGAAGCAACAAAACAACUUGAAGAUGCUAGAAAACGUGCGUCUGAGGCUGCGAUCAAUGCUGCUGAUAUGAUUGCCAAGGUAAGAGGGGAAGGGGUGUCUGCAAUUCAGGAAUCCACAAGGAAACUCAUUGACACUCAGACUGAGGCUGCAAAAGCCACUGCAGAGGCUGCCAAAUUUUUGUCUGAAGCUCGGGCCCUUGGCCUCCAGGACACCAACACACUGGCUGUAGAGACUGCAGCCUCUGCUGCAGCUUCUGCUGUAAAUACUGCCCUCGAGAAGAAAUGGCAGGGUAAGAGUAAGUUGAGUAAAUCAACGAAACGUCGAUCUGACGAGGCGCAUGAUCAUGAUGAUUCUGAGAGUGUCGGCUCUGUGGAUGAUUUUAGUAUAAACGAGUCAAUGACAGAGGAUGAAAAGGAGGAGAAAUCGUUCCGACUUAUUUUGCCGUCAGAAAGUCACAGAAAGAAAGGAAAACAUGUACACUCAGAUAAUGAAUCUGUUGCUUCUGAAGCAUCUUCAACACGACUGUUAGAUCAUGAUAUCCAUACAUUGUUUAAAGAAGGUUCGUUUGACAAGUUUACAGAAGAUAUGGUUAGGCAGUUUAUGAAAGAAGAAGCCUUGCAGGCUCAGCAUCAGCAAUCAUUAUUAAAACUGAGAGAAAAUGCCUUAAUAGAGAAGACAAAAGCAGAGUUACAAUGGUUAGAGCAGCAAAGACAACGAAUCCGAAACAAAGGUGCAGAUGAUUCAUACCCUCAGAUCAAGAAACGACAAAGAGGCCUCAAGAUGAAGUUACAAGAACAACAAGAAGAGAUUCGUAGAAUGAGAGAAGAGAAUAAAGCAGCAGCAAAAGAACGUCAGCGUAAAUUAUACGAAGAAAUCACAAAACGACAGGCGUCUCAGGUAUUAGGAAUGAUGAUCAAAAAAGAUAUAAAUGAAUGCCUAAAAGUUAAAUUUCAAAAUUGUUUGAAGACAAACUUUUUGAAAGAGUCCACAAUCUUAAAAUAAUGUCGCAAAAUUUAC